CCAUGCUGUCUGGACAUGCGCACUGCACUUUCUAUAGCUUUUAAUGGAGAAACAUAUUUAAUUCCAGGGUUGAGAGGGCUAUAUUCGGACGACGAGUCAAUGUCGAAAUAUGCGCGACAACGGGCAAUUAUAAUGGAGGAAUACUUGAAGUGAAAAUUAUGAUGUUCUGUAAUUCUCCAUAAUGACGUCCGGGUGAGGGUUUGUGAGCUAAUCAAAAUUGGACCUAAGCAGUAACAGGAAUCAUGGUGACUAAGAAAAUCCGUACGGAGUACAUGAAGAAAUUCAAAGAGCCGAAAUGGGAGACGUUUUCCAAGUGCUACGAGGACUCGGUGAAGUACAGGUUGACCAGGCGGGUGAUGGAACACGCUCACAAACCUCUGUGGUUCUGGGAGGGGUGGGAUAUCUCGACCGGGUCAGACACCAGCGCCAGUGGGCGGUCCACCCCCAAGGUGAGGAACAAAGUCGCGCCUUUAGACAUCAAACUUCUGACACCACCAGUGAAGUCAGAAUCAAGGGAGAGCCCGGAACCGAAGCCUCCUCCUGUGAAUGGGGAACCAGAAUUGGAGGCCAAGGAGUUUACACUCUUGGAUGCACUACCACCCACAGAGUCUGUAAUAGAGAAUGGGGGCCUAAACGAACCAGAUGAGGGGACAGUUAACGGGUCAGUAGUACAACAUGGUCCAGUGGCUGAAACGCCAACAGAUGAGGGACCAGCAGACAAGGCGUCAUCAGACGAGGAGCCGGUGAAGACUGAGCCUAAGCGUCGCCACCGCCAUCGUGUCCCUCGCUCAGAACCAUGUCAAAGGGACUAUUCCUGUGACGACAUCAAGCCUGCGCCCGUCAGGAAGCCCUCCAGAGCAAAGAGCCAGCCCCCAGCCAUCACCACAGAGAAGGAGAACAGACAACCUCCGCCCCGGCUCGACUGGGCAGAGAGACACGCGUCAUCUGCUAGGAGGUCUACAAAUCAGAGUCGCACAUCUGACGCAUGCGUUCAGACCAGACGGGAGUCGGAUAAACGCUGUUGGGACGUGGACCGCAGGAGGGCACGGUCCGCCGACCUGGAGAAGAUACGGCGGUCGGAGUUGGCCGUGGUGGAUGACCGUUGGAUGACCGAGUACAUGCGCUGCUUCUCUGCCCGGUUGAGGUAGAGCACAAGGAUCAUGGGUAUUCCUCCGCCACCGUCGACCUUUCUAUUUUUAACACCAUGUUUCCUUAUUUAGGAUUGGUUAACAGAACCAAAUAAUUGGAUUGGUUUAGACACCAAUUAGGGCCCUGAGGUUUUCCUGGCCACAUAAGCUGACAAGGAAGAACUCGGGGCCCUAAUCAUAAGGUAUGGUUGAUUUGUUAAGUUGAUCGCUGAGUUGACGAUAUGCCACUUUUCUUCCACAAGGGAUGACACAAUCAUAGUAGAAUAUUGCAAGAUAUGUAGUUAUGCUUCUAGAAAUUAGACUGGUUUGUACAUGUUUAUGCUGCUGACUACAGAGUAUGAUUUAUACUGUAUUAUUAGACAUUUCAAGCAUGAUGAUGGUCUUUACACUUCGCUUUAGUUUGGUGGAGUUUUUGACAUUCUGUGUUGCUUAUGUCAUUUCAGGCUAUAAAAUCCAAAAGUUAGAUCAGGGGUAUUCAACCGGGAGUACUGCAGGGGGUCCGCAAUAAUAUAUAUACAAAAAGCUACAGUAGAAAAGAGGAGAAUAUUUUUCUAUUUAACUUUAUUUCUCUAUUCCUAAUAUUGAGCUAGUUACACUCAUUAGAGCUAAUUACACUCAUUAGAGCUAAUUACACUCAUUGGAGCUAAUUAUAGUCACUGGAGCUAAUUACAGUCACUGGAGCUAAUUACACCCAUUGGGGCUAAUUACACCCAUUGGAGCUAAUUACACUCAUUGGAGCUGAUUACACCCAUUGGAGCUAAUUACACUCAUUGGAGCUGAUUACACCCAUUGGAGCUAAUUACACUCAUUGGGGCUAAUUACACUCAUUGGAGCUAAUUACAGUCACUGGAGUAUCUGACAUACUGUAGGUAAAGCACCCGCUGGUAAGCUUUCUUGUCUUGGACACUCGUUUUUGUGAACACAUGGCCCCCAAAACAUUUUUGAAGUUACCUUUCUAGCUAAUAGGCCAUGUUAGAGUUUACACACAUUUGCUGGGGGGAAAAGCAAGUGUAUGAUGGGGGUACCUGGGGAAGAAUAAUUUUUUAUUUAACUAGGCAAGUAAGUUAAGAACAAAUUGUUAUUUACAAUGACGGCCUACCCAGACAAACCCAGACGACACCGGGCCAAUUGUGCGCCGCCCUAUGGGACUCACAGUCACGGCCGGAUGUGAUACAGCCUGAAUUUGAACCAGGGACUGUAGUGACACCUCUUGCACUGAGAUGCAGUGCCUUAGACUGCUGCGCCACUCGGGUGCGAGGUUGAAGACCCCUGAGCUAGAUGAAAGGACCAAACAAUUCUUGUUUUAGAUAUUACAGUAUUUUCGAACUACUAAAAGCCAUAGCCAAGGGGUUGUGGCAUAGUGCUGCAGAGAAAGAAACUGCUAGCGGGCUAAUAUCCUGCAUUAGCUUUAUUGUAUUAUGUUGCAAAUUUCAAUCUAAAUCUAGAAUGCAUUCCAGAGGAUUGUAUUAUUCAUAUUUCCAUUAAAGCUCUUAUCAGUAGUACCAUGGAUAUUGUUGUAAAGUUGUUGUAAAGAAAGAUACCGUUAGACAUUGUAUGACAUAGUUAUUGCGCUCACACCUGUAUGUUUUUUGCUCUUUACAUCUUGGCUAAGCCUCGUACGAACCAUCCUGAUCCCGCGAGCUCACAUUCUGUUUCGCUAAACAAGGAUACAGAAUGUGAGCUCGCGAGAUCAGGAUGGUUCCUACGGUGCUACAUCUUGGCAGCUUCGCCCACUAUAUAUUUUACAAUCACAAAUACUCACCGCCUCACGUAUUGUAGUAGACAGGCUGAAAUUGCAAUGUAACGUGGUAAAGAAAUGCCCUUCUUGUGCUACAUUACCAAAUACACUUUUUAGAGUGUGUCACUCACCAUCACAAUUGUCUUUGACUGGUUUUCGUAGAUUUACUUAUUUGAUUGGUUAUUCAUACUGAAUUGUGAUGUCAGUACCAAGUUCUGUAUCUGUAAUUUAAAUGGAGGGCUAUUUUGACAGAAAUGAAGUGUUGUAUUUGAAAUAUUAAUUCUUGUGGGUUGUGAAUAAUGCUCAGUUUACAUACUUUUCCCAUUUUUUUUUACAAUGCUUAUUGAUAGUGCUGUUCACUCAGAAUGUUUUUACGUAUAAUGUAUACUUUUACAUUUCACUUUCACCAAGUCUUAGUUUAGGAAUGGUUCCUUGAGAGAACGUUGGAAUGACGUUUCCAGAACGUCUCACCGGGAACCUUGUAGGACACCAGCAGUUUUUUGGAGUGUUGAAAUGGUUGUGGCUUUAAUUGACUUAUGCGUGUACAAUCUGAUGAGACUUCCCCCGUGUCUGCCAGAGGGGAGUUUUUAGUGUGUGUGAUUGGCUGUGGUUGUAUGGGCAGAGAGAGAGAGCUCACUGUUAAGAAGAUUAGACUGGCAUUAUCUUACGGUCAUCUUUAUUCAGAGUGGUCAAAGUUCCAUUGGUGAUCAUGUGACACUUCCCUCCUAUGUCAUCGUGGAUUGGCAAAACAACCCGAGUCAUUCUUUACUUGAACACUGCAUUAUUUAUAAGGAGUUAUAGGAUUUAAUGUCAGGUUAUGACCAAGUCAUGGAAACUGAAGAGCUGGCUGCUUAUAUCACAGACAGGUUUGACUAGUGUUUGUGUAUUCAUUGUCCUCUACAACAUUCCUUUAUGAAUAUGUUCAUUCCAAGAACCGUCUCUCAGGAAGGAAUAAGAGACACUAAUGAUUUGUCUAUAGUCUUACUGUAACUACAAUGUGAGGAAAUGUGAUGUACUGUUUCGGGGGUUUGGAAAACACUGAUUCAAAAUUAAAUUGAUUGUUUUAUGUCGGAUAUUAAUUGUUUGAGCUCUCUGAACAAAGCUUUGAGUUAUUUUUAUGUGUGAAUUUGAUUUGCAUAAGAUAUUAUUUAACCAAAAGUGAUACAUGUAUCAUACAAUAGUAUAUAUAACCAUGUUUGUGUUUUAUUUCAACAGAUGUUUACAUUUUUGAUCACUGUAUUUGUAUUUGUAAACAUGCACAAUGAUAUAUAUUUUCAUCCACUUUGAAACAUUGCUGUGAAUUAAAAUCAUAUUUGAAUAUUU